UCGGUUACUACUUUAUCUAUUACAUGCACCAACACUCACAACAGUGCGGGUAACACGUGUGAUUCAUCUGAAGCUUUGGCUCAAUUUACGAAUAACCUCAAUUCUGUUAUUUACACGCGAAUAUUGGGACUGAAAUUCGAUAGCCUUGCGUAGCUCUUUAGUUCAUAAUUCUCGAUGAUGUUUUGAUUGAGUGCUCAAGGUUAUACGUUUACUAUUUUAAUGCUUGCUGAUGGACGUUAUUAGUGAAGAUUUGGUGGAGGAGUCUCCUUCCGUAGGCUUACUGGCCUUUGAUGGUGGGGGAGGAGCUGGCGAAUCACGUCUUGAUGACGAGGUAUUCUUUGCAAAUAAAGAAGCGGUUCAAUUAGAAGAACUUGGAGCUGAUAAUGCUGAUUCUAAUUCUAUCGUUGCUGAUGACGAAUCCUCGCUCGAAACAAGUUUGGUAAAGAAAGAACCCGAUGUAGGAUCGUCUACGGAGUCGUAUGGAACUUUUAAACCAGCAAAAACAGGUUCAGUUGUUGCAAAGCACCUUAGCCUGGAUGAAAGGAGAAUCAUUCGACACACACAGAGACUUCAGUUUAAAGAACUUGAAAGUGGGUUAAAAGGAAGAGCUCAAAUGACCUCCCAGUGCGUCAACUAUGUGGAAAAACAACUAAAGCGAGCAAACGAGAUAAAGAGGACAUAUUUUCGAGUCUGGGGUAAAUCUAUUAAACAGGUUGAGGGUCAUCUUGGAUCAGGGGUCAGCACUUAUUUUAAAGUCUUAGUUUGGUUGCUUAAGAUAAAUGUCCUGUGCAUGUUCCUUGGCCUGGGCUUGGUCGUGGGACCGGGUUGGUACAUGGCUGAUCAUCAUGGUCACACCGAGGAUAAUCUUUUCAACAAAGAUGACUUGAAGUGUACCAACCCCAAAUUUGUGAACGGCACUGGUUUCCAUGUCGAUGCUGUCAAUUCGGUGCUUCAACUUCUAACAGGAACUGGAUGGAUGGAGAGUACAGCAAUGUUUUAUGGAUGGUAUCCAACAAGCAACCUGACCAGAAAUGUAAAAGGGAAAGAGAAGACACUCUACAAUUUCUCCCUUGCAUAUUUCACCGUGGGAAUCUCGUACUUUCUCAUAUCCCUUCUGCUGAUGUUGGCAAAUCUGUCUAAGCUCUUUAACAAAUCAGCAGCUGAACAAAUGGAAUCCAAACCUUACUCUAAUGUAGUCUUCACAUGGGACUAUAGCCUCAAUAACAUAGAAACCACUCGACUGAAGAGCGUCACUGUUAUCCAGUCUCUAAGAGAAGACCUGGAUGAAGAUGCCCAGGAGCACAUUAAGAGGGAUCUCAAAACAAAGAUUGGUCUCUUCUUUCUCAGAAUAUUCACCAACGCUAUCUGCGUAGCAGCGAUGAUUGGGACCGUUUAUCUGUACGUUCAUGAGAUCUUGACGGAUGGAAACGAGUCAAGAGCCAACGAAACAAAUAGCUGCGGUAAGCUGGUUCAUGAAGUUGUGGAUGCCAUAGAUAUCGGUAACAUUUCAGACAUCAACGUAACAGAGCAAUUUGCUGCUGUCUGGAAUACGUACUCUGCAUCAAUCAUCGUCUCCGGAAGCAACGUUGUCUUUCCUGUAUUCUUCCAGCUCGUAGGUAAUCUAGAGAUGUACCAGUUUCAAAGCACUAGAAUUGGAGUCACACUCUUCAGGAUGUUCAUCAUGAAGCUGUUCAGCGUCUCUACCUUCCUCUACAUCCUCUACAAAGCAGCAGGUCCCAGCGGAGGUAACACAGAGAACUGGCAGACUCCUAACAACACCUUGUUCUACAACUGCUGGGAGGAUUACAUUGCAUCUCAACUUUACCAGCUCAUCAUGAUUGAUUUCAUCAUCUUCUGCACUACUCUUCUCCUGUCUGAGGUGCUGAGAAGCGUCCUCGUCACCAGAGUAUCAUUUUUGAGGGAUAAGCUAGGGCUCACCAAAUCCGAGUUUAAUAUACCAAAGGAAAUCUUGAAUCUCGUUUAUAAGCAGAUGAUAUUUUGGUCUGCAUUUUACUUUGCUCCACUUUUGCCAGUGAUGGCAGUUAUUGAAGUCACGGUAAUCUUUUACUUAAAGAAAUGGAGUGCAAUAUCGAACGUGAUACCACCCAAAACUGUAGUAUUAAACAACCAAAGCACUUUCACUAUUAAUGCUCUCUUUCUCAUUUCACUCUUGAUAGUAUUCGUCUUCAUUGGGUUGAUCAUCUUCAACUUCCAUCCUAGCACGACUUGUGGGCCAUUUAGAGGACAGGCAAGUUUCACUGAUUCCUUCUCUAGUGUCAUCGACCAAUCUGGGGUGUUUAAAAGGUACAUCAUCGACAACGUCAGGACAACAUCUGUAUUCAUCAUUUUGGUCAUCCUGGUUGCACUUGUGGUUUAUUACUACCAUUCCCUGGCGAAUUCACGAAACGUUACCAUUAGGCUACUGAGAGAGCAGGUACGAAAUGAGAUUGCUGAUAAGAAGUUCCUGCUUGAUCUGGCGCAAGAUAAGGGACCCAAACCACAAGAAAUUACUGAAAGCAAAGCCAAAGGGAAGCCAACUGAAGAUAAAAGGAACAAUUUAAGACGACAGAGCUCAAGAAUACACGGCUUUGCAAACCCAGUUUUAGCCUAAAUAAUGUUUAAUUUAGUAUCUAAAUAAACGAAUUUCACAAUUUUCCAUAAUUAAAAAAUAUUUAAAGCUAAAUAUAUUUAAAAAAUAUUUAAAGCUAAAUAUGGUAACGUUUUAAAAUUAAACCAAUCGUCGAGGAAAUCAGCUAUACAGGAAGUCAUCCAAAUGACUUUAAAACGGUGAGUAUUUAGACUUUUUCAGAUUUCUCUUAAUUAAAAUACGAAAUAAAAUCUUGCCAUCUGACUGACUUUCAAUAUAUUUCUUUAGUAUGCAUCGGUUUUAGAUAUUUGUUUCAAUGCAUUGCGGUUUAUUUUGAAUUUUGAUAUUGGCAAAAAUAAAUGUAAUUUGUUUAAAUUAUAUGAUUGAAAA